CAAAUAUUCCUUUUCAUAUCUGAGCAUACUUUAUUCAUUCAAAUCAGGAAGAAAUCAACUUACGAUGUAACUUGAAUCCUUGUUUCAAAGUUUUAAAAUGUCACUCAAAUCCGGAUUAUAUUGGAUUUCUCUAUGGAGUGUUGCUUGUACUGUUUCAGCUGAUAUUCUCUCAAAUGAAAACAGUACAUGGCAUGAUGCAAAGAGUAGAGGUAACUUUGCAACACCCAACAUACAAGUGAACAAUUCAACUUUCAUUGUGAAUGUACCAACGGACCUAAAUGAUAAUGAGGAAGCGUGGGUUGGAUAUUAUAAAAAAGAGACAGCAUUGGCGUAUAUUGGAUUUGGAUUUGUAAACAAUGCAAAACUCACAAUAUUGUUACCGGUAUCUAGAAAUUCACCUGGUCUUUGCUAUUCGAUGUGCAAUAAAUCUAACCAUACAUAUGUUGGUUUGAACAUGGACAAGUGUUAUUGUAUGAGUGAAAAACCAAAUGAGAACAUCAAAUUGGCAAAUGUGAUCUUUCACCUAAUGAUAAUUGGAUAGCGGGUGGAGGAAGUGAAUAUAUGUCAAUGUACGAAAGGAUGAAGAUAGAAGCGAAAGUUCAGGUUGCAAGCCAUAAUUUCGCGGCAUAUAUUCAAUGGAGGCAUUAUGUUAAAACGUGCUUUGAAAAUGGCUGUUUUCCAAUCACUUAUAAUGACACAGUGAGUUUAUCUAUAUCCCAGGCUAAUGGUCCGUCAUGGACAAACGUUAUACGUAGUGAUGUGAUCUACAAAUAUUAUGAAUCUUCAAAUGCUAUAAGCGCAAAUGAUGUUUCAAAGUUUGGAUAUAUAACUAAACAUGGAAACGUUACAUUUCUUUCAUUUACGAAGAACAGUUACAAUAAUAAGCGGUACCUGCUUCAAUCACCUACGAAACCAGACGAUAUCAGUACCUUACCAACAACACACAGUACGUCCUUUUCUGAAGCAACCGGUGUCCAUAAAACAUCGGCAUUUCCAAUUUACAACAAUACAUUCAUGAAUAGUAGAGACAGUACGGUAAAGAAUGGGAUUUUUUCACCUGACAGUUAUGACGUCAGUAUUCCUAUGAGUGUAUCAGUUACAGUUGUAAUCUUAGUGGCAGUAACGGUUAUUGUGAUUUUGAUCUUACGAAAAAGAGGAAAGAUUCCGAGCACGGGACUCAAAUGUUCUGCAUUAGGUAUUUGUUUAAGAAGAACUCCUGAUCAAUUUCCAAGUGAAACCAAUUCCGCUUACGAAAACUUUCAACAGGCCGGUAAUGAACGAAUUGGUGAACUAAAUUACUAUAUGAAUGUAGAUGCAAGGCAGGAUCUCCAUUUAGAUAACAUAAAUACUUAUUGCAGUAUCGAUCCGGCUGCAAAGGAAACUGACACAUAUGACAUUCUUGAUCCAAAGAAAACAUAACGAUUUAAUAAUAUAAAAAAAUUGUCAUGAAUAACAAUGUUAAGAAACAAUAGGCACACAACUUUAUAAACAUAUUACACGUGCCGGCUUUAACUUGUCGAAUUCGCUUAUAAUGCUAUAAACAAACUACAUCGGCUGCUUCAAUUAUGUGUAUAUAACUGUUGGCAGAUACAUGCAGAAUAUUAACCUUUAUAUUCAGUAUAGUAUAGGAUUUGGAUUUAUCUAAGUUUUUAUAUCGGUGCUUUUUUAAAGAAAUGUUGCACUUCGAGCGUUCUCAUCUUGUUAAAAGAGUAUCAGAAUUGAAUCAGACUGCUCCUCCUGUGUUUAUAUGCAAGGAAAUGCAAUGUCCAUUAAAUAAUCAGUUACAAAUAAAAACUCUGCGAUUACAUCCUGUCAGUGAGUUAAUUGUAUAUUCAUAAAAUUCGAAUUAUUAACACAGGUCUCUCUACAUAAUACAUUUUGAAGCGGGUUUAUCAUGAAAAACUCUGAAAUUAUAUUAAACAGAAUUGCAGGUAUCACAUUUUUAUAUAUAAUUGCAUAAAGAACGCUUUAUCAUCUCAUCAAUAUUUUUAAAGCAUUUUAAUAUUUAUAGUUAUAGUUUCGGAACACCAGAUUCAAGAUUUUAGACACCACAACAACAUGUGACAAAUCGCUUAAAGACAAUUAUGUAUCAUUUUAGCGCAGUCACUAUGGUAUUAGAUUAAUAAUAUUUUAUUGCAACUAUUAUUACACAAAUACAUGUAACGUUACAUGAAUUAUUACAAAAACAAACAUUCACAAAGAAUGGGUCGGGUAACAAGUUUUAACGAAAUAAGCAACAUCCCUCCUUAGAGUGUUGAAGAUAUCACUAUGGUAUUAAAUACCAGUACUUAAAAAUAAUAAAUAAUCCAAGCUCUGAUGAAGUGUUACAUUAAUAAUUAUGAUUUAUUCCCAGUUUUUAAGUGACUCGGUAUUAUAGUACAAAAUAAACUUCAUUGACGACAGAUGUAUACAUGUACAUUUAGAAAAUGUUGCAUCAAGAAGGUUUAAAAAUUUGAGCAUGAAGACUCCAACAGAGACGUUUAAGGUAUUUAACACGGCAGAGAAAAAUCUAGACCAACAUGUUAAAAUGUCAGUGCAGUGACUGAUAGAUUACGAUAACGAAGCCUAUAAGAAUAUGGAAAAUUGAGCGUCACGCGUUACGUCAAUUCAGAAUGCUUCAGCAAAGGAUCGUCGGGAAAAUUGUUUGUAGACUGUAUUCGAAUGCCAGUAUUAGCAUCGGGUCAAUGUAUAAUACCAAUAUUAAAACAUUAUAUGUUCAAUUUCAUGAACACUUUUUACAAAUUUUAUAUUUGUGCCAAAAGUAGAUUUGAUUUGAUUGAACAACUUAGCAUUCUUAUUCAUGCCAAAGCAAUUCAACACUUAGCGUUUUUGAAAUGCCAAAGAUUAGAUUUUUAUUUGUUUGCAUCUAUUAAUUUUAAUAAGGUGUCCUAGCGUCUUUGUAAUAUGACAUGUUGAACUGCGACACAAUUUAAACUAUAUUCUCGUUAACUUUCGGUGUUAGAAUCGACCUCCUUAUGUGUGUAACAUACCAUUUACAACAUAUUUUAUUAAACAUAGACUAAGCAGCCUGAGUCAAUAUCAAGCACAUGCCUUUUUUUAUAUGAGUGACUGAAUGAGAACAAUCCAAAAUAGGGAUCCCUUAAAAAUAAUGAAAACAACAAAAUAACAUGAAAAUUGCAGAAAUUGUUUGAUUGAGAAUGUUCAUGAGGGAUAGUUCAUAAGUGCACCUGUCUUUUCAUGGUGCGGUCAUACUGUCUUAACUGUUUUGGGUUAUUUUAUGAUAAGUCUGAAACAGUCACAUCGAUUUCAAUUUGAGUUAUUUUUCUAACAUAAUGCAAUGAAUGAUUUGAAUUUAACAAAGCAUUAGAAAGAGGCUUAGACCCAAUACCAUUCAGAUAAAAUAGGUAAGACAAGAUUGUUACAUUCAUUUUAUUAAAUAUUGGCUACACAUUUUUGUUUUAUUUACAGUUUAUAAUAUCUUUGUGUGUGUCCUUGUACAUAUCGUUUAAGUAAGUAUAUAAGCAAAGUCGGCAUGAUCUUAUGAACGAACUUUAUUUAUUACAUUAUUAUUAUGUUCCCUAAAUGCCACUUAAUAUGUACUUAGACAAAACAUCAAUAAAUUGCUUUUGUGUAAAUUGACUAUAUGGGGUUAAAAGCUUUAUUUUGCUUAGAUAAAAUACUUUUAAGUAAUCACAACAUUGAUUUGCAAGUUACAUAAUAAGCAUAAAAAAUGAAAUUAUUAAUUAAAUUUAGUUACGUCGUGAAACUGGUGUUGAACUGUAUAUUAUGAUAAUAACAGUUCUAAUUUUAAUCACCUUUGUAUUGAAUCCAAUAUUGGAUGGAAUUAUUAAUAUGGAAUAAAAGUCUGGUUGGUUUCAGAUACUUUUUAGAUUUUAGAUAUUCAAUUACAAUAAAACAAACAAUAUAUAAGAUCUUUUAUGUAUACAAAACAACAAAACAAACAAUUUAUAAGGUUUUAGAUAUAAAAUAACAAUAACACAAUCCAUUGUAUGCAAUAUUGGAAAAAGAGAGAACUGACACCAUUAAGAUGUAUAAAUAAAUGUAUAAUUAAGUCCUUUGUAUUGCCCAUGUUAACUCAAUUAUUUAUCUCUUCUUAAAUCCGAAUAGUCGUUGGAUAAAUGAUAUUAAUAAAAUAUUUUUGACUGCAUAUGGAAUGGUCAUAAUAAAAAAUAGCAUUGUUAUUAAAAAUUUUACAGAACGUGGUUUGAAAAUGACUGAUGUAUUAUCAAAUAUAAUUAGUUUAAAACUAACCUGGCUUAGAAGGCUUUUACUAGGAGGUGAGAAUAAAUGUUAUGCAUUAACAUAUUUUGUUAUUAAUACUGAAAAAUUGUUCAGUUGUGAAAGAUUAUAUGCAGAAAUAGUACAUAAUAACUUAAACAAUUCUUUUUGGAAAGAUGUUGUUAAAUGUUACAGUGAUUUUAUGAACAAUUUCCAAAUAGUAUGGACAAAUUCUGUAGUAUGCCAUUUUUUAAUACAAUCAUAAAUUUAUCAUAGAUCAUAAAGAUCAUGUGUUCUUGGGGUUGGUAUGUAAAGGGGAUUAGAUUUUUCAGAGAUAUAUUGGACGCUAGCGGAAAUUUAAUAACAAAGCAUGAUUUUGAUAGAAAAACUGGCCGAAAUACACAUUUCUUACAAUCAGAAGGGUUCAUUAGAAGCAUCAAAUACUUUGUAGAAGAUAGAACAAAAUUAAUCAGUGACAAAUCUAUUCCCCACACCCCUCCCCUUGAUAAAAUGUUAUUUUAAACCUAUAUCACUAUGUAAACAAGGUACCUCUAUUAUUUACAAUAUAUUAACAACCAAUGACAAAAAGCCUACCUCCCAAGCUGCAUGGUGUAGUGUCAAAUCAUUCAAUGUAAACUUUGAGAUAGAUUGCAAAACUGUUAUUUUGGGAAAUCCCAAGAAAAUUUUUGAAAGUUAAAACAUAUUUUGCCAAAAGAUAUAUUUAUUUAUGCAAAAGAAAAUGUAUUGUUCCAAAUCUGAAUGGGCUGAAAGGAAGCUUAAAAUAAGACUUUUCAAUUGUAAAAAAUACACACAUUUUGGAAAAUAAACUGUCAAAUGGGUCCAUGGUAAAUUUACUAUGUGAAAAAUAAUUAUAAUUAUUAAUUAUUUGCUAAUGAAUAAAUUUACGAUUGUUAAAAGUGGAAUGGUCUACAUUUGGCACAUAUUUUUAUUAUAUUGUUAGCAACUCAAAUAUUUAAAUAAAAACAAUAAAAAAAAACAAAAAAAGGAAUAAAAGAAAAAACAAAAACCCACUAGAAAUAUAUCAUUUUGACUAGAAAUAUAUCAUUUUGAUAUUCUUAGCUAGAAGAAAAUAAACGCAAAGUGAUUCAGAUUGAACAUUUAAAUAUGUUGUUUUAAAUUGUAAGCCAAUUCGCUUAAAAAGUACAAAAUGAUGUUGCAAUAUUUGUAUAUUAAAAUUGUUUUGUUAAAUUGUAUUGCAGUUACUACUUACAUGUAUAUCUGAAUUGUACAUUAUAUUGAUGUUACAUGUAUAUGACAUGUAUUUGUAAUAAUAAAAUAAAAAUAA